AACCCGUUAUUCUACAUGGACAUUUGAGGUACAGGGCAGAAGCAAGUAAAAGAGGAGGGAAAUAAACAACCCAGGGAUUGAGAAAACAAACCACGGUUUCUUUCAUCGUCUGCCAGAACAAACUCUGCAUAGGACAACAAACCAUGAGUUAAAUAAGCUAUGGGCUAGCAUUAUGUGUGAACCAGGUCUACGUCUACCCGCGUAACCCACGCACGCGUACACCUGAACCUAACCUGUGUUUGGAUCUUUACCCCAUCCCCUCCCUUCCCCUGGCUGGUGGAUUCCAGACGUGUCGGACUUCACUCCCAUCAGCCCCCGGGGCAGGAAGAAGUCGGAGCAAAACCAAUUGCGGCAUAAAACUGAAAUUAGACCGGCAAUAUUGCAAACGUUGAUUCAAUAGUACUAAAAGAUCUUUACAAAUGUGAAAUGUCUGGGGAAAUAAAUCGCUUUUCACCUUGCACCGAGAGGACUACAACGUGGGGGCCGCUACAGAAAAGCCCCCGUCUCUGCAACUCACUAGGCGGGGUGGGCGUUACCCAGAGAAGGGCCUUUGAACAUGGCGGCCCAGCUCGUGGUUCACGUGGGCCUGUCCGGCAUGGCCACGACGGUGACGCUGGAGAAGUGCGGCCACAACGUGGGCUACCGGGGCCUGGACAACUGCCGCUUCUGCCCGGGCUCGCACUGCUGCGUCGAGGGCGGCCCGGAGUGCAUUGACUCCGUCAUCGACAUGGACGCCGUGUGCAAGAGGGUCUCCGCCUUGGGGCUGGACGUCGCCGUCACGAUAUCGAAGGAUGCGGGCAGAUACCUCUGCGACUUCACCUACUACACGUCCCUGUACCAGAGCCACGGCCGGUCGGCCUUCGUCCACGUGCCCCCCCUGGGCAAGCCUUACAGCGCGGAGCAGCUGGGCCGGGCACUCCAGGCCAUCAUCGAAGAGAUGCUGCACGUCCUGGAGCGCUCUGAGAGCAACAUCAACUGCCACAACGAACAUUGAGCCUGGGCGGAUUCCAACCCCAACCCCCCUUCGGCUUCCUUCACUGUUGCACUUCCAAAAAAAAAAUAUAUCUUGCGGCCCUCGCAGAUCCGCGGCGGGGGCGGGGGACGCCCAGCCCCCUGCCCAGAGGAGGGCCAAGAACAGAACUUAAUCCUGCCUCUGCCCUCCAAGGAAAAGACUUUGGACCCUUUUUCAUUUCCCCCUUCCUGGUCCAGAGAAACGACACGACACCUUCGCUCGCCCCGCCCCGCCGCUACCGGCUCCGCCUGGAUUCCCACAGAGGCUCCCCGGAGGGGUGGGGUGGGAAUUCCAGACCGUAGAGGAGGACCUCCGAGGGAAGACGUCGCUCCGGCAGCCUGACCUUGCUCCUGUUUUACUUUCCUGGUUCCACGCCCGACGGCGGGCCCUUUCCGCGUCGCCGUGUCGCUUAAAGCAGGAGGCGCCGCGUUUGUUUCAAAAUGCGGGCCUCGGCCGGAGGCGCGCUUCUCCCAUCGGACAGGGGAAACUUAACCCUCUCCCUGAGGGUUCGAAGCAUACCGGGACAGCCGUCAAAGCAGCAGCGGUAAAGCGCCCCUUUGCCUCUGUCUGCUUCAUGCCAAAUACCUUGCGGUGGCAAUUUUUUCGUGUUGGUUUUUUUAUACACAAAAGAACAGUCCGCCUUGACCUACUGCCUUCUCUGAAUUUGGCAACCACAUACCUCUGUGUCUGAAACGCACAGCUGCUGUUCUGUUUCUUUAAGACUCUUCCGAACAGCCGGAAAAACUGGCCCGUGACCCAGGAGCUGGGGUUUUUCUCUCCCUCCCCCAUCACUGCCCUACACACACCUCAGACCCGCCCCCCCCGCCUUUUCCUAGUGCCUCAAAGCUAGAUGCUGCUUAUUCAUCCCGUUGUACCUUAGGAAAUGACCGGUACACCUUCUCUGCAAACUUUUCAGGGCGAUGCUGUAGAGGCAAACCGGACCCGUGAGCCUCCUCUGCUCUUUGGGACUGUUUCGUCUCUGGCCAAACCUCCUGCAAUUGAACUGUUGGGGCGCAGGAUCGUUGGAGGGCGUUCCCGCCGCCCCCGCCCCCUCGCCAGCUGGGCAGAACCCGACGCUGCACUUUUGAAGCCGGGUGGCAUGAGGGGGUGCCGACCGGCCGAGAGGUUGAAAGACUGGUCUUUAAAUUCGGCAGCGUGCGAAUUUCGCUCUAAGUCAAUUUCGGGACUUGUGAGAUGAAGAGGAAAUGGGGAUCCAACCCCGCGGGAUGAGCUGGGGUCAAAUCCCCAAACCGCGGAUGUCUUGUGUCUUUGCUAGAACGAAAGCAAGGCACCGUUCGGCUGAAACGAAAAUCUUUGCCCCAGGGGGGCUGUGGGGGCUGCUCUUUUUCCUCCUGUUUGUUGUGAAACAAAAGUCUCUUCCUAUUUGAAUCGUUCGGUUUUCUUUUUAAACUAUGAUUGGUUCUACUCGUAUAGUAACUCUCAGUGAGAGUCCCGUCCCCAUCCCCCCCAUACGCGGUCGAUGCUUGCAAACGAGAACGGCCGUGCGGGAAUUUGAAUCGCCCCAUAACAUUUCUGCCUGGCCUUACUGAGGAAAUCGCCGGGGCGGCUUCCCGGGCUGCUAAAAAUUGAUCCCCAGAUUUGCUCGCCUGCCAGCCGCCUGCGGGCACCCAAAUUCCUACGUCCGCAAAGUUUUUCUCUUUCCUUUAGUAAUUUAUUUUUAUUUAACGUUUUUGUCCACGCAUUGACGGCUCCUGCACUCUUCUUCCCCCCCCCCCCCCCCGGUUUAGCUUUGUGAGCUCUGUCGCAGCAAAAACAAAGAAUCCUGUUGCACCUCAAAGACUCACUGGUUUGGUUUCUCGAUACGGAUCGACGCCGUAGGCUGGAUUUUUGGGGUCUCCGCAGGGGUGUGGCUCUAGUGAAGAGGCCCUGCACUCCCAAAUUUGCCACCCUGUCACUGCUGCUAAUAAAACUAACAGCAGAACCACCCUGUCAACAAUGCGAUGGUCACGUUCUUCCGUGAAUUUCCUUCUGGCCUCACUGUUUACGGGUUCCCCCCCCCCCCCCCCGCCCGACAUAUAAACCUGAAAAUCUCCAUAAUGCCUCCGUACGUACGAUGAAACGUCGCAUCUCUGGGGCUAGCGUGCGGCUCACCGCAACCUUCCAAAAUAUAAAAAAUGGUCAGUCUGGUUAGAGAUGCGAAGACGGGGAGAAAAACCCAGAAAAAAAUAACCAGGGUUUUGUACCGUGUUUUUUCCAAAUUGUCUACAAAUCUCUGAGGGAACGAGUAGUUUUUUCUAUAUAUUUUUUUUUGUGGCUGUUCCCAGGUCUUCUCAUCUCUAGGUAUAAAGAUCCGAAAGACAUUGUUUAAGUGCCCUCUUCUUUUUAAAGACACCCCCCCUCGGCUGCCUGGACCCCUUCAGAGGUGCUUAUCCUUGGAGAUUCUUUUGGGUUUAUUUUUUAUUUUUUUAAAAAAAUGACGUUUCCUUUCGACCAGGCUACCUGGCGUGGGGUCGAGAGCCCUCCGACGGAGCUGAGAACAUGACCGACGCUUUCCUGACGGCCGGGAUGGGCGGCUUUGCCAAAGCAGGCCUUUCUGAUGAGGCGGGCGCGGCAAACUCCCCAAUAGCACGCUUCCUCCCUGAAGCGGCCCCGCUUUGAUUUGAGCUGUUCGGCAAAGGAGUAGCCUUCCCUCUAACUAACAGUGCAAUACUAGAAGUUCCUUGUAGACGCACCUGUGAUGAGCAGGGGGUCGGACUGAAUUGGUCUUCUCCCACCUAGCUCCCUCCAGAUGUUCUUGGACUACAAUUCCCAGCAUUUCCAACCUUUGCCACGCUGGCCAGGGUUUGAUGCGGGCCUUCUCGAAAACCUUGAAUCGAACAUUUUCCUGUUGUGGUUCCCCCCCCCCCCCCGCGCCCUGAAUCGAUUGCAAUCUGAUUUUAGUAUGUUUAACUGACUUAUAUAUAUAUUUAGUAAACAAAACUUUAAAAA